AUGCGUCAUCUUUUACGCUUUAUCGACUACACAGAUUUCAUUGCUGCAGGGGGCCCAAACCACUUUUCGUGGAACGUCAUUCGCUCAGAGGCAGAUGAGCUGCUCUUUAGACAUACCGCACACUCAGGGGCAAAGACUUUUGAAGCUGUCAAGGUCAAUUCGGUUACCUUCACACCGUCACCCACGUUGGACACAGGCCCCGGGCGCCCCGUCUCGGCGUCCUAUACACAAAAGUCCGACGGGGCGACUGGCGUCGUCGGAUUCAAAUAUAUCAUCGAUGCCAGUGGUCGUGCUGGAUUACUCAAUACCAAGUACUUGAAAAAUCGCAAGUACAACCAAGGCCCGAAGAAUGUUGCAGUCUGGGCAUACUGGAAGGCAACGGGCAAGUACGGAGAAGGAACUCCAAGAGAGAACUCGCCAUACUUCGAAGCAUUGACGGACGAAAGCGGCUGGGCAUGGUUCAUUCCUCUCCACGACGGCACCCAUUCUGUCGGUGUGGUUAUGGACCAGGGAAUGAUGAGCCAGAAGAAAGCCGUAUCUGAGCUCUCCACAAAUGCACGCUAUCUGUCGUGGCUAAAGCUCGCACCUCGCCUAAACGGCUAUCUUACUGGGGGCAAGAUGGUCGCUGAUCUCAAAACUGCAUCAGAUUUCUCCUAUGAUUCAUCUUCUUACGCUUUCCCCUAUGCCCGAGUUGCCGGAGAUGCAGGGUGCUUCAUUGACCCAUUCUUCUCGUCCGGGGUCCAUCUGGCCAUCACAGGUGGAUUGUCUGCAGCCACAACCAUAUGCGCCGCUAUCAGAGGCGACUGUGACGAGGUUGCCGCAGCAAGGUGGCACAGCACGAAAGUGAAGGAGGGCUACUCCCACUGGCUCGUUAUCGUUCUCAGCGCUUAUAAACAAAUGUCCAACCAAGCUGAGCCAGUUCUGAGUGAUGUUGGGGAAGACAAUUUUGAUCGGGCUUUCAACUUCUUCAAGCCAAUAUUUAUUGAUUUUGUUUUUUCGAUACCCUGCUGUCAUCCUCGGGCUGUGUUAAAUCUCCAAUAUGGCCGUGAUAUGGGGUCUAGAUCUACACGAGAUCCAAUUCUCCAAGUUCAAGGGAAAAUAUAUGUUCAAUCGCAUUUACCACCUCCGACGCACAAGGAUGAUUGUCUACCAACUCGCCAUGAUCCUCUGCGUAUGCUCCGAGUCAGUGGGAACAGCAGCCUUAUCAGCUACAUCCAAGGGCAACACCCUGGUGUCAAAGUCCACAAUAACAGUUUCAUCGGCGCGGCCUCGUACAAUAUAUUUGUGGGAAUCUCUGUGGCGACGAUCUUCGGUGCAGCGUUCUUUUUCGACCUCUUCUGGCCCGACCGAUACGAAAGUCCAUCCGUGCGAUUAGCGUGGAAAAUAUGUGCGGUGGUUGUCUCGGUAAUGAUGCUGAGCUCUGCUCUUCUCAUGACGUGCCCGUAUCACUGGUACGGACGCCGCCUCUGCGAGAAAGUUCUGGUCGGAGGCCGAGAAGAAACCUGCUCUAGCGUACCGAACGAAUCCCAAGGCUGUUGCCUCGGCUGUUUUAGCUUGGCCCGGGUGGGUCGCGACUGUUGUCAGUACGGUGCCAAGUCGAACUACGGUCGAAAUCUUGAGAAUGGGGAAAAUAUCCCUGAAACGGAAGCCAAGCCUAUGACAAUGUAA